AUGUACAAUCAACUUAAUUGGGGAACGUUGCAUGAAAUGAAUCACCACAUGGAAGGGACUUUAACGUCAUAUAAUAACAGAGGGAGAUGGGGGAUGGACAUCCAUGAAACUAAUAACAAUGUGAUGAAUGCCAUGUUCCAUAUUGAGUAUACUAAUGUAGCUGGAAAUAGAGAAAAUGGUAUAGGAGACUGGGGAUUUAUAACUGAUGGGUAUUGGACAAUGAAAGACGUUUAUUUAGGAAACGUGAAGAGUUAUAUCCAAUUAAGAAGUUAUGUUGCUCCGGCAUUCUCGUUUGGGACUCAAGCAGUAAAACAAGUCAUUAAGAAUUACUAUAAUUUGUUUUAUGAAGAAGACUAUGGCACUAAAUUUAAUAAAGACAGAAACGACACGGGAAUUUACUGCUUGUUAACGGCAAGAGCUAUUGAAAGAGACACUCGCUAUUUUUGCAAAAUAUUUGGGUAUGAAAUCGACUCGGCAAUAGCAAGUUAUAUCAAAGGUCUGAAUUAUAAGACAUGGUUCCCGUUCUAUAAUUUAUAUUCAAAUAGUUAUGAUGGGAAUAAAUAUGGAAGAGUAUACCAUGUCCCUUAUCAAAUUAAAACAAGACUCAAUUUCAAUGAGAAAACUGCAAUGGACAAUACUACUACUAAGGUGAAGUUUGAAAUUUUAGAUGGAUUUAAAAAGGGUACAAUAGAGGAGAUAUCAAGUGGGGUGUAUGACUAUACUGCUAAUUUCAAGCCAAAUGAAACAGACACGUUUAAAGUGAAGAUGACGUUUAAUGUGAAUGGUGAAAGUGGCUCUAUCGUAUUUGGCGGAGAAUUUGUGACAACAAACAAGAUGAAAAAAGUCGAUGUGUAUACUUUAGAAUCAAAGCCUUCGAACAUUCAAAAGGCUGAAGAGAUGAUAAAAGACAAAGAGCCCAAUUCAAUGAGAACUUCGUCAUCUGCAGGAAUUGCAGCGUACAACGACAAAGUUGGCGAAGUUGACAAAUCGACUGUGAAUAUCAUGAGAGGUAAUUUGGUAGUACCCGACAGUGGGUACUACACCCUUUUUGUGAAAUGUGAUGAUUACGGAAAAUUAGAAGUGAACAUGAGUGGCGAGUUAGAGAAGAUAGGAGAGAGAGGUUCGUACUUAGGAAGUUACGACAAAACAAAUGCAAACACUUUUAAGACUGUUGUACUCAAAAAAGAAGAAACAUAUGAGUAUAUAAUAACUAACGUAAAUACAGGUGGACAAGGCUCGUUUGAUAUUGGAUAUUGUUACCACGGAGACAGAGAGAGUGAUGUAGAUAUGGACAAAUGUACACCAGCUAAUAUCCCAACUAAUUGGGUCUUCUGUGAUGGUCUUACCAAAAGUGAUGUGGAGACGCCUUAUGUCUUCCCAGAGAUAAAAUACCCACGAAAGAUUUAUAAUUUGAACUACAAGAUGUACACCGUAAAAGACUGCAAUUCGACUGUAUGUGGCGUGGAGUGUCUUGAAUUGCCUAUUAAACACGACGACUCAAAUGUCUGUGAGAACAUUUUUGAUAGAGACACUAACACUAUUUAUCACUCAAAAUACUCGGGAAAUGGAACACCGUUCCCAACCACUUAUAAAUUCAAUUACACUGAAAUAGCAAAAUUUGAUUCGAUUGAAAUGAAGUUCAGACGAUCAGAAGACUCGUUUGGACUAUUUAAUAUGUACUGUGGUAAUGAAAAGGAAGAAUACGUGAAUAUAUUGAGUGUCACUGAAAAUAAGACACAACAACAGAAGACCUUCACGUUUGAUAAAAUCUAUGAGUGUAAGUACAUCAAAAUGGACGUCCAAAAUAACGCAGCUGGUAAUAAGUAUGUCGUCUUGCAGGAUUUCAAUAUGUUUUUAUCACAGAGUUAUAAAAAUUUGGCGAAACCAACCGCCAAAACAUUUAAUGUUAUUGGAUUUAAAACUAAAAGCGCUUUGGGGUACUUUGAAAACGUUUUGCUUGAAAAUGAAAAAGCAGGAGAAGGACAAAUUGAGUUCAAAAUGAAAGGAAGUAAACUCGGGGUGUUUGGAGAGUAUAGAGGAGGUAUGGGAAGCUGGACUUUAUUGGUCGACGGAAAAGCUCCUACAAUGGACCAGGAACUCCAAUCAAACUCUAACAUACAAAGAACAUUAUAUCAAGUAUUUACUUUUGAUGAAGGGACACAUAAUAUGAUAUUGAAAGUAAAGGAAGGGUUUGUCAAUAUCGACGUUGUUGGGUUUGAGUGA